UUGUGAAUGACAUUAUGGAUCAUACAUUUACAAUGGGACACGGUAAGUGACUUGUAAGUCAACUUACUCUGAUUCAGAAUAACAUUUUAAACCAAUUCAUUCCAACCCAGAUUGAUUGGGGCACGUGGGUGCCUGAUCCAUGUAGACACUUUUUUCUGCGUCGGAGGAGCGCGUGCCGCCGCGCGCGCUUAUGGAGUCACCAAAGCGUCGCGCGCUGUGGACUGUGAGAGAAAUGCUAAGCUAAUUGUUAGAAAGCCGCAGGACAUCGAGCUGCCUGUCGCCAUGCUGCUCGUCUACAAUACCACAUUUCGAAGAAACAUUUUCUUCAAAGCAAGCGGUGUCCCAUCACAUGGAAAUGUUUUUUUUUUCUGUAGAGUGGACUGAAUACAGUAUAAUGACUUGGUGAGUCGAAAAUAGAAAUUGUUGAGACUCAGACAUCAGAAGGGCGGACAGUCACAGUGACACUGGAUAUCACACAUCAUCACUCAGGAGUUUCUGAACGGUUGUUGAUGGAGAAGAUUACGAAUGACAGCCGGAACAGUGGUCAUCACAGGUGGAAUCAUAGCUGCAGUCAUCUUGUUGACUAUUGUUACAGUGCUGUGUUGCUGUAGGCUGCAGUAUUACUGUUGUAAGAGUGAUGGGUCUAAGGUGGAGGAGGAGGAGGAAGAGGAGGACGAGCCUGACUUUGCCAAAUCCCUGCCCAGUUCAGCACAUCAGUCAAACUCUCUAAUUCCUUCGCAUUCUUUGCGACCACCAAGCCCUCGAGGUCCUCCACAUAUUCUGACUUCACCAAGCCCACUGAGGAUUAUAUCUCUUCCAGAACAAUCAUUGUCUGAUCAGCUUCUUACAAACGCAGAGCUUUACAAGCCCAAUGGGCCGGCAAUCUGCAGACGCUAUAGCCCUGCUCUAUCCCCUGCGUCAAUACGCUCCUACAUGUUCUGCCCCUCAUGCUCUGGACUACUGCCCUUCAAACUACCCCCACAGCAGGAAGUAAGGAAUGGAGGAGGAAGGAUCAGCUACAGGAGCUUAGAGCAGCAAGAGGUCGACCUUCCUCCAGACAUAUCAGGCUUUAACCAGCUUAACCUCAUACGUUCUAUAACACUGAGGAAGAUGGUCACACACCAGAGCAUCAGUACAGAGGUGUAACUCUUAUGAAGACCUGUGUUGAGACUUAAUUUCCUAAAGCAGGGUCACAGUGAUUUUGACCUGGAAAGGAUAUAGAGAUUUACAUUGGGUAUCAAACUGUAGAAGUGUGUUGGAGAAUGAUUAACAAUAUAACCCUUGAUAGUUUAAAAUGACUUUGUGUUAAUAGACAACAACAAAGAAGAAUAUGAUUAGGAACAUAAGCUAUGCUAUUGAUAUCUGUACAUGCAUUUAUGUGGGGAAAGAUGGAAUUGGGAUAAUGUUUUUUAUGGAAUUGUAUGUUCUAUAAAAUAAUAUAAAGUAGUUAUAAGUUUAUCAAUAAUCAUUUUAGCAAAUGUUUUUUAGCUACUAUUAGUGACCAAAAGCAUUUAGAAAUUUGUAAAAUAAUAAUAAUAAUAGUAAUAGUAAUAAUUACAACUACUAUCAGAUUGUACCAUGUGCUAGAAAGAUUGAUUGCUUUCUUUCUUACAGCAGAUGCAGUUGUGCCAGUCGUAAUAGUUUUAUAUUUGCUCUAUAGUAAAAUGCCAUAUCGAAGCAUACCAAAGUGUCAGACAAAAAAGUCUAAAAAUGAAUCACUGUUAAAUUUAAAGUAAAGCAGGGCCCCAAUAACAAUUACAAAUCAGACGAUCAGUUUAUUCUGUAAGGCUUGUAAGCAUAUAAAUGAGUGGAGACAUGCGGAAUCAGAAAGAGAGACAGGCUGCUUGUCAAAGCACAGGUAAUAUUUAUUUAAUUUUUUUUAUAAUAUAGAAUUACAUGCACUAGUGUAGUGGUCAAAAAAUAAAAGGAUAAUUUGUAACAUUUUAAUUUAAAAAAUAUAUAAGUUCACUAAUAUUGUUACACUUUU